AUGCCUUCAGUUCCCAAGCCACGCAGAUCCAGCUUCGUAGAGGAGAAGUUUGGAAUCAAGGUUCAUGAUCCGUACCGCUGGAUGGAAAAGGAUACCGAAGAGACCAAGGAGUAUGUGGAAAGCCAUAAUAGGUUGACAGACUCGUAUUUGCCAAAGUCUCUGAUUGAGCAUUAUGCCGCGAAGGUGGAAGAGAGCUUCCCCAAGAUCACCUACGGAGCCCCACGCAAAUAUGGAGAGUACUACUGGUGGAAGGUUACGGACCACGUUUUAGACGCGAAUUAUUUCGUUAGAUCAAAGAGCUAUUCCGAUCCAAAACCACAGACGUGCUUCAAAGUUGAAGAUUUUGGCGUUAAUAAAAGUUGUGAAUUCUUCGAUUGCGAUCACACUGGUCGAUACUGGGUUGGGGGAGUUCAGACAAACGGUUCAGAUUGGCAGGAAGUCCGCAUUUUCGAUGCGGAAGAAGAAAAGUUCCUUGAUGACAAACUGACUGAUGUCAAGUUCACUUUCAGGUAUCCAUUUACAAAUGAAAACGCAGGUUUCUUCUACCACAAGCUGCCUGGUAACCAACAGGGAAGCAACGGAAGCUACGGUUCACUUACGGUAUACUACCAUCGUCUCCACACCCAGCAAUCUGAGGAUGUGCUUAUUUGGAGUGAUGAAGUCGAUUUCCCUAUUGCCGAGUGUAUUACGGAUGAUGGUCAGAUCGUGUUCACUGCUUCUGUGGGGGUUGAUCCUGAGUUCAAGGUGUUCCAUGCCGAGGUAGAUAGUCUGAUUGCGGGAACCGCUAAGUUUGAAGCAAUUGACGACUCUUCAACUUGCAGUUAUUUCUUCUUGAAAGCCGUUGGUGACAAAUAUUAUUUUCAAACCAACAAAAAUUCUCCACGGAACUGCAUUAUUUCAUGGACCAAGGAAGAUGGGUUUGAAACUGUGGUUUCUGAACACGAAGAAGACACUCUCAAGUACUCUGUUGCUGUUGGCAAUAAAAUAAUGUUGAUGUACAUGCAUGACGCUGCUGAUGUCAUUAGACUGUGGUCUCCAGAAGACGGCUUGGUGGAUGUUCCCGAUACAGGCUUCAGUUCUGUUCGUCUGUAUUCUGGCAGCAUCAAAGAUCAUGUCGGUUUUUUGGAGCUGGAAGGCUACGAUUCGCAUCCUACUGUUUAUGCGAUCGAUUCCACGACCAACACCGCUGCAAAGGUUAGACAACAGGAGGAGUCGGAGGACUCAGAUUUUGUGUGCGAGAGAGUCUCGUUUCCCAGCUUUGAUGGAGUUGAGAUUGGGAUGUUUGUUUCUUACUAUAAAUCCAAAAGACGUGAACAUCCACCACCAGUACUUCUUCACGCAUAUGGAGGGUUCAAUGUUCCAGAAGAACCUCGCUAUGAGCCUCUCUGGACAACCUUCUUAAAGGAGCUUGGAGGAGUGCUGUGUGUGGUGAACAUUAGAGGAGGUGGAGAAUAUGGCCUCGCCUGGUGGGAAGCCGCUCGUGGAAUUAAAAGACAAAUUGGGUGGAAUGACUACAAGGCAGGUGCGAAAUUUGUGGUUUCUAGCGGAAUUACCACCCGCGAUUACAUUGUCGCCAAUGGAAUCAGCAAUGGUGGACUCCUUGUCUCAGGUUGUACGAUGCAAAACCCAGAGCUAUUUGGGUGUGUUAUUAGUGAUGUUGGUAUUCACGAUCUUCCAAGAUUUGAUCAGUUUACUUUUGGUCAUCUUUGGAAGGGCGAAUAUGGUGAUCCUUCCAAGGAGGAAGACUACAAGAUCUUGACAGCCCUUUCUCCUUACCACAAUGUUAAGACCCAGGAACUUCCUUCACUUUUGUUCACCACUGCUGAUAACGACGAUAGAGUCGUUCCAGCUCAUUCGCUCAAAAUGGCUGCUGAGGUACUCUACAAAAAUCCGCAGAAUAAGCGCCCAAUUGCUCUGCGUAUGUUCAAAGGUACUGGCCAUAUGAUGGGGAAGACCACUCAGAUGAUUGUGUAUGAGUCUAGCGAAAAGCUUGCUUUCAUUCACACUCAACUGGGACUUUGA